CUUAUUAACAGCCUGACCAUAAUGUCAUAUUUUAUAUAUUUUAUUUAAUUUUUUUAUUAUCAAAAAAAAUAAUUUUUUUUUUAAGUAAAGAAAAAAAAUUAAUUUAAUUAUGUUAAAAGUGUUAAUAAUAGUUUUAUACUAUUUAUCCUCCGUCAAUGCUAUGGAUGAUGAGAAUUUAAACUCUGAUUACAUUUAUCAAGAUGAUAAUUACAAUUAUAAUGUUAACACUUAUAAUUUAACAACAACUUUAAAUCCACUUACUGCUCUGGAGCCCUCAUUUAUAUUAAGUCCCACUGACAAUGACAACAUGACAUCUGGAAUGAAUUCGCGUAAAAUGGAACGUGAUUGGGAAAUAAACAAACAAAUAUUGCUAUUUCCUAAAAUACCAAAAAAUCAAGAUUUUCGAAUGUCUGAGUUAAUUAAACUAGAUAAUUAUUCAUUUUAUUUUAAUUUUUUACAUACUUUUAUUAAGUUCAUUCAACCUUACGAUAUACCACCUGAUUUACUAAAAGACAUUCUGGAAAAUCGCAUAACGACGUCAAAACUAAUAACUGAGUCAUUGCAUAUGGAGGUCGGUUUACUCAUCCUCGUAGGCGUUUGUUCUAUUUUGGCUUGUGUCAUUCCUGGCACAGAACUCUGGCUCGCUUGUCGUCCAAUCAGAGAAGAUUAUAAGCCCUCACAAUAUCCUGGAUUUCUAACUUUUGUACUCUAUAUAUUUGCCUUUAUACUUGGACUAGGUAUCGCUUCAUUGAUAUUAUUCAACGAAUUAAUCAACAUGGGAGUCGAAAAACUUCCCUUAGCAAUAGACAUGGCCAUCGAUGACUUGAAUGACUAUCAUUCUGGUACGACUGUUCAGUUACGGAAGUGUCUCACCCGUAGUCUAGAUGUCACUAGUGAAGCCAUAAUGGCUGACUUAGACAACAUUGAUGAGCUAUUAGGAAAACCGGUUCAACUAGAACUAUCUUAUGAAACAGGAUUAGAAGAUAAGCUCGUACAAUUACUUGAAGUUGCUAACGCCAGCCAAGAAAUAGGAACAAAUGCAAAUAGUUUAAUUGAAAAUGCUGAAAGAGCACGUGAGCUGUCUGUUGAUUUAAGUCACGAGUUAAAUAGCAUCAAACGUGAUUUAGAAAAAAUAAUAAGUAGUUGCACAUCACCACAAGAUCGAUUAUUAUGCUCGACAAUCAAUACCAAUGGUCUUAUUAUAAACUUUCAAAUAAAUAAGAUUCUAAGAGACGAGCGGCUGCUGAGACUGCGCAGCAUCAAUCGAGAUAAUUUGACCGAAGACGCUAGACGAGCACGUGGGGAAUAUUUGUAUGUUCCUCAUCAUGUAUCGAGGAGUACUUUGGAUAUACGGAAUCAAAUAAGAAGAGAAUUAGGCAUCGCACGGGGCCGCCUUUUCGACGAAACCCGUAAUUUAGAGUCAAGUAAUUCCCACUUUAACAGAAAAAUCGAAACAAUUAAAAAAUAUAUACAUCAUAAUGUUAUACAUUAUAUACUAGAUUUUGAAGAGACACGUUGGCUCAUUGGAAUCGCCACGAUAAUUUUAGUAUUUUUCGUAUGGAUUUUAUUGAUAACCGCGUUAAUAUGUCACUGUACAUCGAGUGACAAAAAAAAACGUACUACGUUAUUAUGUGGAUCGUUUUUCAACUGCAUUAUUUCGAUUAUUUUGUGGGUGAUUGUAGUAGCGAUGAUAUUUAUAUCAACUCACACUGAGUUAUUACUGUGCAGAAGUCUGGAAGGUGAAAAAAACUACAAAACACUUGAGACAAUAAUUGAAUCGAAAAAUUUAUUGGGAAAACCGUUGGAAAUUUCGCUUAAAGAUUUUAUUGAAAAGUGUCAAGAGAAUGAAGCAGUUUACCCAACAUACCCACUGGACAAACAAAAAAACCUUGAAGAAAUAACCGACUACUGGAAAUGGUCAGAACUUACCAACGCCUUGUCGAUGCUAAAAGUCGAUUUAAAAGGUUUUAAAAUACUGACCACCAGUUUUGAAGGAAAAUUGGACAAUCUUCUGUUCGCAUGUGACGCCAAUUUAACUAAUUAUCGUACCAUAGUACGAGGUUUAGUAAUAAACCGCGACAUAAUAGCGCUGUCAGACCAAAUAUUCAAUAUCGCGCGUCAAAUCAACGAUCGGCGGACAGCCCGGGAAUUGGAAACAGUCGGGACAUCACUGCGGUCGCUGAUGAUCAAGAAAGUAAAGCCACUGACUCUGAUGCAGGACACUCUCGUUGAUCAGCUGAUCACACUGGACAUCCAAUUGCGGCCGUACCAACGUAAUUUAAAUGAAACAUUCCAUCAAUUGAAAGGCGUCCAGUACUACAUCGAUGUCCAGGGGGAAUUUUUCGCCCAAUUGAAAACGAAACAAUAUAUCGACCGGUUGAAUGAUUAUCUUGACCAAUGGCGGAAGCAUGUUCUGACUGAAAUGAGAUUCGGCGUCGCCAAGUGUCGGCCUGUUUGGAAUAUAGUCAAUGGGUUCAAACUACUGAUUUGUCAGCAUAUUUUAGGGCCACUUGAUGGAUUUUGGUUUUUUAUUUUUCUAUGCAUCGUGAUUAUGAUGAUAACGACGCCAAUUGAACAUAUAUUGGCGUGUGUUUAUAAGAAGUUUAACAAAAUACUGACUUUCACGCCGGCACGACGAGAAAGCACCGAAACUAUUGUAAUUGAUCGCGCUAAUUGGCGAACACCCGACCCGCCACCACUUCCAUCUCGACCUGACGACUGGUAACAAAUAAUUAUUAAUAAUAAAAUGUAAAGUGUUCAUAAAUUGUUUAUAUUUUAAAAAAAAAUUAUUACAGAAUUAAUAAUAUAAAAUAUAUAAAAAAUAAUAUUUAAAAAA